AUGCAUAAAAGAUUACCAUUGGCCCUCGUGUCGGCCCUGACGCUGGCGUUGACUUUUGAAAAUGGGCUGGCACUGCCAUCGAGUGUCUGUGCUAGCUUACGGGCAUCACUGCCCGCCGGGCCACAGACUGAUUCUUUGGUUUGCCCAGAACUUUCUAAUCUUGAUGACCUCCACACGGGUUGCGACAAGGCUGUGGCAGCCAAGCUUUCCAACACGAGCUUCACCGUGGCUCCGACCGCCAUUCAUCACUGCUCCUUUGUGGAAGGCCCUACCCAGCCGAUUGACCAUCGGCACCUGCAAACAGCGCACAUUUCCAACGCCACCUUUCAAGCCUUCUACUCUAUUGAGUUUGAUGCCUCCACGGCAAGCGUGGCGGUUCACGUGCGCCUCGAGGUCAAUCUCACCUUGAGUGGGUCCAUGGCUGGUUAUGUCGUGGCUGACGAGGAUCCUCACUACUUGUGGGCCGAGUCCAGGCUGGUCUUCCCGCUUGGUGCACGCCCCAUCGCACUUUGGCAAGCAAAGCUGGAGCCCCCUAAGGAAGCGGAUGCUACCGAGCUCGUGCUGACCGAUAUUAACGCCAUGGAUGGUUUACCAGCUCUCAUUGUAGCUGGUCUUGGAGCACCUCAUUCUCAUCCCAACUCGCUCUUACCAGCAUCCGCGGCAUUAAACAUCCUCAACCUGCCCCCUCGCUGGCUUGCUCCUCUCUGGGAUAGCCCAUCUACCCUCAAUUUGGCGGCCCGAGCUCUCCUACCACGCGCCCUACCAGAUCCGUCAAGUCCUCGGCUGGUCGGUGUUGGUGGGCUUCUAAGCUACGAUGGAGUGCUUGCCCCAGGCGAUCUACUGCAAAUUGACGUAUUGCUUGCAGAGCCUGAGGAGAGAUCUCGUCUCGCUGCUGAUGUCGCCACACAGCUCGAGUUGAUGCUUGACAGCGCAUUGAUCAACGCCUCCCUCCCAUGUCCCAGGCUGAGAAACGAGAGCGCCCUUUUUGAUGCACUGCAGACCAUGAACGACCUCACGCUCUUCGUCAACCAUUCCAGCGCUCAAGUUAUCUUCAUGGGCCUUUCAUUUGCGACUCACGUGACGAUUGACUGCGGCACGACUUUUGGGCCUGAAAUGUCAGAGCACAGGCCAUUCCUCAGUUUGUCCUUGGAAGCCCGUCUCCAAAAGAUAACAGGGUUACCCGUCACCUUUUUUGCAGCCCCAACUCUGGCCGUCAGCAUGUUACAGUCCCUUGAUGUGCCAAUCUCCGGGAGGGCUAGUGGUGUUUUAGUCAAUGGCAGCACAAGCGCAGCCAACGCCGAUGCCCCUCUUGUUGCAUUGCAACCGGCGCAACUGUUCUCAUCAGAUGCUACGAGCGCGCCAGCACCUGAUUUCGCUUUAACCAACGCGACGCGCUUGCAGUCAAUUUUUGACGCACUGCGACAGGAACUCCUGACGUUGGUACCCUCGGACGCCCUGCCGCUCAGACGAGCUAUCUUCCGUAUCCUUCCAGAUUUGAACUCCAGCUUCAUUUGGGACAGGUGUGCAGCCAAGGCCCCAUUGCCCACGCUGCGAUCUUGUCUCUUUGACGCUCUGACCGCCCACGCAGAUCUCGAUCCGCGCUUCACGCCCAGCAACCAACUCUUCAUCACUGUUCAUCUCACUGGCAAGGACUCUUACGAUGAUCCUUCCAGCAACCUCAACGCCACCUUACAAGCUGUUAAUGAGCAAAUUCAAGGGCUCAACGUCUCUUUGGGAGCUCUGAACCUGUCGGCAAGCGAGCUUGACUUUGAUGCCGACACUCAAGCGGACUUGUCUUACACCCUUUAUGCCGAGCUGAUGAUUCCGUGUCUGACUGAUCCGAGUCCCACUGCUCAUGUGCAAGCCGAAGAGGUGCACGCCAUGCUCGCUUUGCAAGCUCCGUCAUAUGGGCGCAGCAUUCAUGACAAUUGUGGUGAAGAUGCAAGGAAUUGUUCUCUUUGGGCCCUUGACCUCAACGCCACGCUUGACCUUGCUCAUACCCCGCGAGAGCGCCCCACAGUUAGUAUUGGCUUUCCAGCGCUUGGAACAUCAGCUCGUGCAUUGUCGACUGGAGCAUUGUCCAUCCCCCGAGGAAGAGCUUCUCUUCCAACGACGACGCUUCCGACAGCCCUGAGCGACACUGCCAAGGCAAUCAGCACACCACUGGAAACCUCCCUACUCACAGGUCUGCAGUUGUCCCAGUACAAUGACCUAGGUCCCCUGAACCUAUUGGAGGCUUCAGACUUUUCUUCGCUGGUAGGAGACAGCUUGACUGAAGCUUUGACGAUAUCCAACGGAGAUCUGCCCAGCGCCGAGGCUGCUCUCGAGCACAUCUUGGCACAGCUCCUGGGAAAUAGCUCCGCGUAUUAUGUUCAAGUCAGCGCCUCAUUAGUGGCAGCAGGCCUUGAACCAGGUGCCGAUCCAGUGCAGACCGCGACGAGUUUAUUGUCAGUUGACCUAUUAUUUGCCGUGAGCGUACAUACCUUUCUGAGCAUCGAUUCAAGCACGACACCCUGGGCGGGCAAACUGUCGACGGAACGACUCAAUCUAGUGGUACCCUUGGUCACAACACUGACUUUAGCCUUGGAUCUCAGUCCAACAGGGCCCAGCGCUGGAGGUCAAAGAGCGACUGCUAGUCUCUUGCGCCGAGCCUCCACUGUCAUUGGGGGCCUACACUUGGCAGCUCAUCUCAGCAUGGAGACAGCUAUUGCAAUGACUGCAGAGUUUCAACUUGCUCUUGCAGCCGCAAAUGGCAUGCCUGACAGCAAUUCCAAAGCUACGCUAUCCAUAAAUGCGACCCUGUCAUCGGAGGAAGUUGUCAAUCUCGAGGCAUCGAUAUCGUCGCUUGGCAGUAAUGCGACGGCGCUAGAUUUGGCAUUCCCACGCUUGCAACAGAGAAAAGGCGUCGACCCAGAUGUAGCAAUGGCCCAGUUUAAGUCACUGGCUGGACUGCCAGCAACACUCCUUCGCUCAGCAAACACGCCAGUAGCGCCUGGCCUGGACCCUAGCCGUUACCACGAUCUUUCUCAGGGAGCAGCUGAAUUGACUGCAGCUCUGUCAUCAGCUUUGCAACGACCUGCUAUCCCGCAGCCCAUUGUCGCCAUAGCAAAGUCCGUGGCAACAGCUGACCUUCGCAAUGUUGCCAAACUGCUUCUCAACGUUACGUUGGUCGAUGAUAGCAUGCCAACCAUGCCGCCCACCUCCAGCUUUCAGUGCAUUCUCGAAGAAGGCGGUGCCGUCUUGGAUUAUAGUUCUUGCACCCACUUGGUGCAAAGUUUAAACGCACAACUGGAAAGCUGCGGAGUUGGUGAUAUCCUAAGGUUUACGUCAAACACGGUGGUUAAUUUUGGCGGGGCUUGCGACGAGCUCAGCAGUCUAUCUCUGCAAAUUGCGCACCCUGGUGGCUUGAUACCUUUGACAGUUUCUACAAUAGUUCCAGGAUCUGAAGCAACUCAUGUACUCGACGGCCUUCAAGGACGCAUAUACAACGAUAACAAUACUGCUCCAAGCUGCACCUCCUGGACCAGCUGUGCACAAUUGCAACAAGGUCUGAUCGACUCCUCGGCGCGCACGCCGGCUGUAAAGCGAACAACUGUGUCGGCCAAAGAUGCCGCCAGCCUUUUUCCAUUCUCAGAUGCCGUCACACUAGACUUGAGGCCCUACUAUCCUGAAGCGUUUUCAGCUGUUCAGCUGCCCCCAGCACAACUUCCCGCUUACACCUACGCGCAAAACCUCACGCGAGCAACCGAGUUGGAGGCAAGCAGCGGGCAACUGCGGGUCCUACUUGGCGGAGCACAAGGAACAAAUGGACAGGCCAUUUGCCCAACUGGCGGCCCUUUCAAUAGGACCAUGCGGCGCCGAUCCAAGAACACGGCCGAUGCACCCCAGAACUAUGCCCCAGCCGAGGUGACAGUCUCUCUCUCGACGGCCCCCCUGAUAGUGGCUCUUGACACGCCGCCACAAGUGGUCAACGGAAGUAUUGUGCUUCUGUCCUUGCCGUUGAAUGUAAGCCUGACAGCGCCCAACAGCAGCAACGUGAGCUUGAUUCUCAAAACGGCUCUGCGCGCUCGAGGGGGUGUACUCCUUGACAGCUGGAACCACAACAUCUCCUUCAACAUCCCCAAUGGCUCACUGGUCCAAGAAGUUUUCUGCCCAGCACUCCGGGCUGCCAUUCCAACCGAGUUGCGCACAAUACUGCGCUGUGAUGUUUCCGAGUAUCAAGAUUGGCGACACCUCAAACGUGUCACUAGGCUCUCCGGUCCGCCACCGGAAAUGCUUCAAGUUCAACUGAUUGCAACACCUACUCUAGCCAACUCUAGUAUCUACGGCGACGCCAUGCUGAUACCAGAGGACCUUCAAUUGAAUAAUAGCACCCUGGAUGGUCUUCGCAUGACAAUGACAGCCUUCCCUCCUCGGUUUGCCAUGAUGGUUUCAGACCUGCGUGUGGCUAGCCAUGUUGAGGUAGAAAUGCCGGACAAUACCAAAAGGGCUUAUGUGACUGUCGGGCCUAUUGCCAUGGGCGCCAGGCAUUUAGCUGGUAGUGCCAAACUUAAUGUUACUGUUCAGCAAAGCUCGGCCACAUCGCUUACCCGGCUUGAGGAUGCUAUCAGGGCAGUGGCUCAACCCUCAAUGCUGGACAUGGCUGGCCUGGAAGUUUUGGUUGACAUUCAUGGCGAGCAGCUGAUUCAAGGGCUCAGGCCAUGUCUUUCAGCUGUAGGGGCAGAUGAUCUGGCAGCUGUUGACAUCAAGAUGCAUGCAGGAGUUGCGGCAACACUUCCAACAUCGAGCCAUCUUGAUGCCAUUUUGUUUGGCACUUCACAGCGAGCCGGGUCUCAUUUGUAUGCCUUGGCGACCAACCUAUCUUGGGAAGUGUCGUUUGAGAAUGGCACGGGCUCGGGGCGGCAGGCCCUUCAAAGCCUUUUACUUGCAGAUCUUCAGCUGCCAUGCAAGAUAGCACGGACUUUGGCACAGAGCUCGGCUGAGGCGGGGCGGCAGCAGUUGGCGCAAACCGCAUUGCCUUUCUUGACAGCCUCCCUGGCCAAGCCACUGGAUCAUGCUUUGUCGGCAUCGCUUGCAAAUGCUGCUGGGUCCCUCUGUGCAUUGACUUAUGCCACCCUGGAUGACUUGUGCAUACAGCUGUCCUCAUUCCUGAGCCUUCCGUUGAUAUGUGGAGGUGGUGCGUCUGCAUUGACUUUUUCAAACAACACAGUCGAGCUGUGGCUGACCGCAGAUAAUCUGAAUGCAACGACUCCGACGACGGUGGCAUUUGAAACUGCCUUCUUUUUGAACGAGUCAAGCUUCCCGGAAGGCGUGAGCAUUUUGCCUUCCGAGUCCAUGUUUGGCAAUGUGCGGAUAAAUGCAACGGUAUCUCUUUCACUAGAUCCGCGAGCAUCAAAUGCCAGAGAAGACUGUGGUGACCUGUCCAUGCCAACAAUGCCUGUGCGGUUUGCUCCAGGGUCACAUCUGAGUCUCUCAGCUUCAUUUGCCUUUGUGGGAGACGCCUGCUUGUACAUGGGGCCGCUGCCUGUGUGCUUUCGCCAGUCUUCUAUUGCUCUUGAGGAAGCUACUUUGGCUGUGAUGCUGAAUUCUCUAUCCCCACCACCUUCUCCAGGCAAACGGUCGCAUCACAAAGCUCCUCGCAGUCAGACCCCAUUGCAUCUACAGCCGCUACUAGAGCCGCACGUGUUGUUUGAGGGCAGGGCACGGCUUGAUGGUUUGAUGGAGAUUGAUUCUGACUAUUGUCAGCUAACGCUCGAAGUUCACAACCUCACAGCCUAUGCACUUGCGCUUCUGAGCUGGCAGCACACACCUGGCAACGAAAGCAAUGGAACUGCACCAGAUGGAACACCGCUGCAUAUAGGCUCAAUGCACAGCCAUGAGUUGGUGAUGUAUCUCGAAGCGCUUCAAGAACAGGCGGGGCCAAAUGCGCCUUUCUCUUUGAGCAGCAUCAAUUGUCCAGGACACAUCUUGAAUGAUAUGCUGAUGUCUGCACUCGCGCGACACAAUAUUCAAAAUAACCUUGCCAAUUUCGGGCGAUUCGAGAGCCAGCUCAAGGAUAGCAUGAGAUCAGCCGUGGAACCUCUGCUGGAAGACCUCGAAGCGUUGAAUUUACCCUUUGUUAAUACCUUUGGUAUCGACGCAAUUCGUGAUGGUCUGCUUGAUGGCUUGUUCGGCUCAAACUUUUUCAAGAAGCUGCUGGAGCUUUUGCUGGACAUUUUGGUAGCUAUUUAUGAUGGCGUUGAGGGAUUUCUGGAGUCUUUUACAGCACUUUUGUGUAAGAUUUUGGAAAUCGGAGGCCUCUUGAACAAGGAAGAUUGCCCACCCGCACCAAAGCCCCUACAGUACCCAUACCAAUGGCGAUUGCCCUUACAUUUACACCUGCAUCCAUGUGCAUGUCAAGUGAGCGUCAGUCUUGGGGCCAAUACAACUCUUGCCAGCUUCAACUUGUGCAGCUCGACCCACGAUUUGAGCACUUGGCAAGACGCAUCCUUCUUUCAAGAUCAUCAAAAUGUUAGCAGUGACAUGAUUUGUGCCGACAUUACGGUGCAUGCUUGGCCAAACUUGACCAUCGACACUGAUGGUGUUAGUAUUCGAUGGCCUUACGAUGCCCCUGCUCUCAACAUUGAGCUGGAGGCGGAAUUUGACAACUUGUCAUUCUCUGGCUAUUUUGGUCGGCUCGCCGUGGAGUUUGGCCCCGAUAACCAACAAGGAGCCAAAGGUCACGUAGGCUUUGCAGCCCCAGUCUGGGCGUCUCCUCCGCGACCUGAUGGGAAACAGGAUCUUAAGCUGGGCGUGCCGUCGAGGCUUGAGGCAUCACUAGGUGGCCGUGCUGCUGUCGCGUACCUAUCCUCUGAUCCUGCCUCUGAUCCUGCGUCAGAUUUUGACGCAAGCCCCCGGAUCGAGGCGACGAUUGCUGCCGAAUUUGACAUCGAAGACGGUGUUCUUGUGGUGCACAAGCUUCAUUUCGAGGAUGUAUUGAUAUGUCUGGCAUCACUUGCUGAGCAGCUCGGCGGCGCGUUCGAUUUUAUGGAUCACGGUUUUAUCGGCUUUUUACGACAAACAUUGGACUUGCUGCGCACUCCUCUUCCCCUUGAGCCGCUGAUUACCGUCUCCAUACUGGAUCUUCUCAUGAUGUAUGCAUAUGUCUUCACGACACCCUUUUCUAAUCUUUCCCACUUCAUUGCCAUGCUUGACGAUUUGGGUGAAACAUUUGAUUUGCUAAAAUUGCUUAAAGAACAGCUGAGCGAUGCCACGUGCAAAACGCUGUAUGGGGUGGCGGAGGUGUUUUCGUUAGCCUUUUCUACCAUUGAACAAGGCAUUACCACGAUAGGCGACAUGCAGUUCAAUAUUUUCUCGGAUAGCGGUACAGUGAACAUUGGUGACGCUUUGUCCUUUUUUGGAGCCGUGUUUGUGCGUCGAGACUUUGGGAUCUACUUGCCCAUUCUUGCCGCGGAGGGCCUUUCGGGCUACGUUGGACGUGAGGUGCUAGGUGGACUGGACGCAUUGACAGGGCGGGCGCCUGAUGUGGCCGCCAUCGGUCAGUGCGACACUCUCCUCUUGUAUGCGUCGCUUCCAAGUAUUGCGGCGGAAAUCGGCUAUGCAAUGCCAUUGGGCGUUUAUGGGCCUUUGCUGGCCUCGGCCAUGAUUAAGCUCACGGGAUCAGCUGAUAUGGGGGAAUACUACGUCUGUGCAAAUAGCCGUCAACCCCUAAGUGCAUUGGGCGCCUUAUCAGGCUUGAGUGUUGAUACCUAUAUUCCAACUGUAAACAGUCGGACGAAUAAACCUGUCCAACCAUGGAAACUAUCGGCAUCUGUUGCAGCUGGCCUGAGCGCAGACGCAAUGUUCCUCAAAGCCUCGCUUGCUCUUGCUGUGGGUUACGAGAUGUUCAAUGAAAUUUAUAGCCCAUAUCCUGGCUAUUCAACGCUCAACUUUUUGUUCCGCGUGAUUCAUGCCAAUAGCGACAAACUAAGCGAUAGCUUCAUCAGGACUCAAAACUUCUACGCCCAAAUAUCUCUAGGCGUGUACGUGUGCUGGUUUGUUCCGUUCAAGCGAAAGUGCAGCGAAGUACUAGGUGCUUCCGCUCAAUACAAUUUCAUUUCCCACAAACGUACUCCGAGUUUUCCAGAAACACUUGCGGAUAGCAAUGGCCACAUCGAUUUGAGAAACGCCGCGGCGAUGGACCAAACAGGCGAGGCUGGGAAGCUUUUUGCUGGCUUGGCACAAACCCCGCCGCGACUGGGCUACCCUGCCGUAGCAGCAUCUUUUACGGCCGUUGCCAAGGCAAAUGAUGCAAUGACGGUCGCAGAAACGGUGCAGGGUAAGGCUUUGUCUGCAGUUCACAUACAGUACACCGACCAACCUUACGUGUUUGAGACCAGCAACAUGGCUCUGCCAAUUGCAACGCUGCCACGUGGUGCGGACGUUCGAGUGCUCUCCUUUUCGGACGAGGAUCCCUUGACAGGGACCUCACAGCUCGAAUACACGAUUGACGCAUUUGGUGUCCAGCCUGGCGGUGGCAUGGGCCAGUUGGGACUCGAGGACGGCUGCGAGUCGUUAUGGCUUGUGGCUCCUCAGGACAAUGCAGAAGUUAGCUUGAAAGGCACGCCUUGUGCUACUACUAUUGACGCAUUUAAUCGAGCUCGUGUCAACAUUGUGGCCAGCAGCGUCACAGACUUUUCCAGCGGCGCAGUUUUGGUCGCCACCAGCGCUGGGGCAUGGGAACAUGCGCCCAGAAUGGAUGCGUCUGCGCCACUUCAUCAUCUGGCCACAAGUGGCAGCAAUAUUGGCCCAUACAGUAUUUUGAUAGCCGUCUCGGAUGUCAUUGAGAUCGAUCUGACAGGCACAGCUGUGACAGUGCUAUCCCAAGUGGCCGCUGCUACGGGCGUUUCUCUCUGGGGACCGAAAUACGGUCCUCUGGCUGCGGACGACGCGCUCAACGUACGGUUUGAGGGUGCUAAAUCUCCAAAGUUUCUUGAAGUCCAAGGACAUCGAUUGCUUGCAACAACCGUUUCUAUCAACUCGGUGCUAAGCGCAACAGAGGCUACGGUGACCGGCAUUGGAGGGUCACUCAUUUGUAAUGUAAAUCUAGAUGCAAUCGCAGGCAGUUUGAAUGUUGCAGGAUCGCAAGGCCAAGCCAAUAGCCUCAACAUUACAAUGUCAGUUCCAGCCAGCUCCGCGGGGCUUGUGCACGUUUCACCCACGAGCAUUGCCAAGCAAGUCGGCGGGAGCAACGCACAGGCUUUAGGCAGUGGCAACCAGACGGCCGUGACUCAACAUGUUACAGUGGCAAACAUUGCAUUGCGAACGAUUCAACUCUUUGCUGGAGCAAGCGCCUCAUUGAAAUCUGUUGUCAGUGGAUCAGAGCAGUUUUCAGUCUUGGAGGUCCAUGCGCAUGGAGAGGUGAAUAGCCACCUUACGCAUCAAGUCAGCAAGUGCUCCUCCCACACAGCCGGAAAUACAUAUUAUCUCGAUGGAGGGACACAGACUGUGACGAUUGGCGAUGGUCAAUUAUGGGGCAUGAACUGCCUGAUUCGUCUCAUCGCCCCGCCCAAGCCGGACAACGCAACAAGUGUCAAAGGUAAUUAUAGCGUCGUUCUUAACGCUACGCAAGAGCCUCAGGGACUGACUUGGUCAAUGAGCGACACAUCGGCCAUCUCUAUCCGAGGCACGGACGGCAGUUCAUGGGUGCUUCAGCUGGUGGCUGAAAACAUGGACUGGGUGGCACUGCAUCUUGGCCCGAACGAAAACAAGGUCGAUAUCGUUCGCAGCCCGAUUUCACCCACGGAAGUCGAAAUACACUUCCCGGUCAGCCACAAAGGCCCCCAAACGUUAUUAGCAGAAUCGUUGAACACAGCCGUGCUUGUGACAGGUUCCGUCAACAUCACGGCAGGUCCGUCAAACUCUGAUAAUUUGGAUCCACUGGGCAUGUGGUUGGGCAUGUUGGCCAUCUGUCAGGUUGGACUCCCAGCAAAUAGCACCCCAUCCAUGGCACCGCAAGCAUUGAAGCUCGAGGGUUCUGGACCCGCUGCUCCUUCUCAACAAUUUUAUUUUGGCAAUGGUUGCGGCGGUCAAGCGCCUUUUCGUAAUUCCACGGUCAAGCAGCCGUACGAGCUGCCUUCAGAUGAAAUGAUGGCGCGCAUGGCAGCGUGUGGCAUUGAUGCAAAUAUGAGACUGUGCCCAGUCGUCUGGGCCGGACAAGAUUUGACACUGGGCUUUACAACCGGCCCAAAGCCUGAUUUCAUUUGGAUCAAUGAUCAUUGCGGAAAUACAGUCAUCCAGUCUGGGGCUGGGGAUGACACGGUCGUGCUCUCGUCUGGGUGUAACAAAAGUACAAUCCAGGUUGAUGCCGGCAUGGGUUCGGACAACAUCAGUGUGAUUUGUCCGUUAAACGGCGGAUUUGUCGACUUUACGGAUGAUCAUGAUGCUGACACUUUGUCCCUUUUUAUCAAAGACCACCACACAAGUUUGAUUGGGACCAUUUUGCAGGAUAUCGGAGGCGUUUCGGCCGGAGGCGGAGCGCUCAGUGUGCAGAACUGGCGCUCGGAGGAUCUGGUUAUGAUUCGAGGCCAGGAAAAUGCGUUGGUUGCAGAUGCAACCUCGGAUGCAGGUCUUCAGCUUUCACAAACUAGUCAAGUGGACAACGAAACCGCCAUCGCCCCUCACGUGAUUGAUACCCGUGAGGGCAAGUCUCUUUCCAUGGCGUGGGAACUAGCCUCCUCUUCGCGUGUCGAAGUGAUUGGGAUGUGCGCUGGCUGCUUUUUAACGCUUUUGGCAAAUGCCAAUCCACCGCCAGUCAACGCCACGGUCAGCGUUAAUCUCGGCUCAUACGUCAAUGGCAGCACAGUGCGUCUGCUGUCCAGCAUUGAUGCCAAUCUGACUUUGGAGUUUGUAACGGCAAACCAGACAGAUGACUUCGGCGCGUUGCUCGUAAAUGCUGGCGCGGCCGGCCCUGUUACCGGGGGGAGCAUUCGUUAUGGCGGUCUGUACAUUGAAACUCACUACCUUGGAGCACUUCACAUUCGUCAAGGACCAGCGUCAUUGUCCUUCCCUCAGCUCGUUGUAAAUGGGGUUCCCAGCCAAGCGCCAUUGCUGGUAGAGGGUCACAGCACUCGCAACAAUGGCCUGGAUCUGGUCGUGCUUGAUUCCCCCUUGAUUGUGUCCGUUCCUCAGCUUAAAAUUGCACCAUCUGUGAGUCAGCUGCACGAGGCCGGACUGAUCAUUGCCGUCAAUGGAACCGAGCUUGUUGUGCCCGAAGGAUGGGCCGAUGAGGCCGUGUUGUGGCAAGGGUGUUUGCAACAGCCCAAUGGGCUGAGGACAGACUCUGCAAUUCCAAACUCGGCUUGGAUUCAAGCUCAGCUCGCAGCCCGUCUUCCAGGUGGUGUAGCAGAUGCAGCCCGAGCAAUAAAUACGCCGUGCCCGGUGUUUUAUGGCGGAGCAGGUCCAACAUACCUUCCUGUGCGCAAGCUGCACAUUUCUGAUCUCAGGCCAUCCUGGCUUGUCAAUGUCACCAUGGCAGCUGGUCACAAUCCAAGCGAUCCUUUCCAAACGACCGAGAAGGAACCCGAGCAAACACUCAUCAUCAAUGACACGUUGCCCUGGCCGUCAAAUGCAGAGCUAACACUUGGCGCGGGGGGGCACCUUACGCUGUUCGGUGUUUUUAGCGUCCAAUGUGGCCAAUCAGCGGAAGUCAUGAUAACUGCUGCGCAAGGGGUCGCACCGACGUUGGACAAGUUGGACGUGGCCUGUCUGGAUGACACAAGACUUCCAGUCAGGUACCAGUUUGGAGCCGAUGGUGCUGAUGAUUGGCUUCACUGGAAUGCCUCAGACGGUGGUUGCUCUGGCAAAUUCCCAGCUCAGCCUUCUGCUUUGUCGCUGCCACGAGCUCUUCGCUUUCUCCAGGCUGCCUUGCAGCCUCGGCAAGACAUUGAACUUGUCUUCAGUCCCCCUCCACUUUCUGACAGCAAAGUACAGGCACGUUCUUUACUCCUGAACCGCUCAGGCCUGCAAGUGUACAGUGAGCCAGCCGAUGCAGCGACCUCGAUGACGAUUGACUGGUCCCAACGCUCUGAGAGAGUUACAAAGUGUGCGGUGCACCUUCUGGAUGGAGCAAACACAUUCAAGCUGCAAAGCCUUGGCACAGCGGUUGUGCCUUUGGUAGAUGCAGAUGCAAAGGCUACCGUCAACAUUGAGCUGCCUGCAGACAUGGUGACGGUCUUUGACAGUGCUAAUGUUCGCGUUGAUCCUUCCAAACGGACACUGUACCCAUCCACAAAAGCCGGCUUUGCGGUGGUGCUCGGACUUAUCAGUGGAGUUAUCUUCUCGGUUGGAUGGUGCCCACCUGAUCCAGUGGAUGAGGAGCGCCAGUAUUUGAUCAACUCUUCUGAUGGAGAACACUUGGAGGCGGGGGAACUGACUGGCCCAGACACGGACAGCAGUGGUACUAAAGACGCGCGCUCCUACGAUCGUCAAGAGCCUGCGCAUGCUCCUUCGCCUGCCCAGGUCUCGUCAAGUUUGCUUCAGAAGGUGCUCCUGGUUUGCCAAUGGGUUAAGCGCGGUACCUCGUACCGGACGCUAUUGGUGAGAGCAUCGGCUUUUUGGAUACCAACGCUAUCUGCCGCCUUUGGGCGGGUCGGAUCAGCUUCAUGGCCUCUUGUCUGGUACGUUCCAGCAACACUGGGUACAGCAGUGCUGGCUGCCCAGUUGAUGUCCAGAACUAGACUAUCGAAGCUUGCCUGGGUCCUGGCUACUGUCUACUUUGCUCUGUACAUGUACGUCAUGGUUGCGGCCGCGGAGGGUGCCGCACUCGACAAUCAUGCAUAUGCAGCCGUUUUGGCCUUCCCACCGACGUUCAUUGUGGCGACAAUCACGUGGACCCUGGUUGAAACCGGCUGCACUCGACGAGGCACACGGUUUGCUCUGAUUCAACAAACAUCCGAUGUACAGUAA